GCCCUGGCCGCCCCUUUGAGUGGCAAGUUGUUUGUUUCAUUGGAGAGCUGCCUUCUUCUCUUUUUUUUGCUGCCCAACUCUCCUCUUUCUUUCUUUCUUUCCCUCUCUCUCUCUCUCUCUACUUUGCCAUUCCCUCUCCCAAGGAGAAUGCAAGUUCUUUCCCUUCCUUCAUGACCCUCCUCCUCCUGUUCUUUAGGGGAAGCAGGAGGGGAAAAGGCUGACCCAAAGAGUCCAGAGAGAGAGAGAGAGAGAGAGAGAGAGAGAGAGGGCAGUUUCCUCCCUUCCUCCUUGACUUGUUUUUCCCAAAGGCGAAAGGCACCAAAAAAAGGCCAUUGGAGCCCAUGAACCACAAAUGAGAAAAAGGAGGAAAGAUGGAGCUGCACAUUUUGGAGCACCGGCUCAAAGUGGCCAGCGUGAGCAAGGAAGGCCUCCCCUUCUUCACCUAUGGGCUCAUCAAGCUGGCCUUCCUGCCCUCCAGGACCAGAUGCAAAUUCUUCAGUCUGACCGAGACACCCGAGGACUAUACAAUCAUAGUGGAUGAAGAAGGGUUUCUUGAGCUCCCGGCAUCCGAGCAUUUGAGCGUGGCGGACGCAACGUGGUUGGCGCUCAACGUGAUUUCCGGCGGAGGUGGCUUCUCCAGCUCCCAGCCCAUUGGAGUGACCAAGAUUGCCAAGUCAGUGAUUGCACCUCUGGCGGAUCAAAACAUCUCUGUGUUCAUGCUCUCCACCUAUCAGACAGACUUCAUCUUGGUACGUGAACGGGACCUGCCUUUUGUGAUGCACACGCUGGCUUCGGAGUUCACCAUCUUCCGGGUUGUGAAUGGGGAGACAGUAGCGGCUGACAACCUUGGAAUAUCCAAUGGAUUUAUGAAGCCCAAACUGGUUCAGAGGCCCGUCAUCCACCCACUUUCCAGUCCAAGUAACAUGUUCUGCGUCACCAGCCUGGACCCGGACACCCUUCCUUCCGUGGCUACACUCCUGAUGGAUGUCAUGUUUUACUCCAAUGGAGUAAAAGAUCCCGGGGCAGACAGCGAAGACUCCGGUCACAUCCGCUUCUUCUCCUUUUCUCUCAUUGAGGGUUACAUUUCUUUGGUGAUGGAUGUCCAGACACAGAAAAGAUUUCCUAAUAAUCUGUUGUUUACAAGUGCAUCUGGAGAGCUCUGGAAGAUGGUCCGCAUCGGAGGGCAGCCCCUUGGCUUUGACGAAUGUGGAAUCGUGGCCCAAAUUUCGGAACCUUUGGCGGCGGCUGACAUCCCGGCUUAUUACAUUAGUACUUUUAAGUUCGACCAUGCGCUGGUCCCAGAAGAAAAUAUCAACGGUGUUAUCAAUGCGCUCCAACUUAGUCAGGCUGAAAAGGAUUAGAAGCCAUUUCCGAGUGGGGCCCGGGUGCAUUUUUCCACAAGAAAAGAAAAAUAUUCUCAGUAUUUGCAGGAUGGGGGAUGGGGAUGAUUUUUGUAUUAUGAUUAUUAAUUACUCCAAAGAAAGCCUGGGAGGAAGGCGGCUGUAUCGCGAAGAAAACGAGAAACAAAAGACUGCUGGCUAGACAAACAAGUCCUGUAGCUUUUUAAACCUUUGUUUCGUGUGGAACGAGACGGCACUUUCCCACCAGCUGCUGCAACGGUUCUCAACCUGCUGCCUUCUUGGUCUUUUUCUUUUUUGCCAUGAACUCAAAAAUGUUCCGUUGCUUUGAUAGAUGUUUAGGCAUCUUCUGGAAUCAGGUGGAUGACAGAAACACUAAUAGUAACUAACAGGACUUUAGGUAUUAGGUCAGCAACUCAAGCUCGCAGAGAAAUUGCACAGUAAGGAAUUAUCCAUAGCUGCUUUCAAGAAGGUAAGAGAGAACCCUUAGAGAGGGAAGUGCAAGAGAGCUGUGAUGUGACUACUUUCAGGUGUUUUUUAAAUAAUACAGUAGAGUCUCACUUAUCCGACAUAAAUGGGCCGGCAGAACAUCAAAUAAACAAAAAUGUUGGAUGAUA